AUAGCUUUGUUGCGCAUCAUAGGCGUUUAGGUUCGAAUCGUUGGCAAUGCUGUCUAUGUAGGCAGUUCACUAGGAUUUGAGACACUGAAUCCGCCCAGGGUUUGACACCAAAAGAUCUCCGUAGACUGUCGUCUAGUUUCAGAUCCCCAGUUCGACAGACGCCAGUCAUCAUGUUGUCUUCUCUUGUAAAAGCUGAACGUCUCGCAACUCAUGUUGGCAAAAAAUAUGCGCCAUUUUAUGAAUUCAUAUCACGAACCCUGAAGUCUCAAGCAGGCGAUGUAAAUUUGCACAGUGCAACAUCGAUCACUGGAAACUACAAAACCAUAGAUGAUCUACCAGGACCCAGUCUGGCCACAACUGCGUACUGGCUCUUCGUUAAAGGAUACGCGGAUAAAAGUCAUGCAAUGCAGGUGGAGCAUAAGCGCCUGUAUGGUCCAAUCUGGCGGUCACGCUUUGGGCCGUUUGAUGUGGUAAAUGUGGCGACGGCUGAACUGGUUGCACAGGUGAUCCGACAGGAGGGCCGUUAUCCAGUGCGGACUGAUCUGCCUCACUGGAAAGAAUACAGAGACAUGAGAGGACAGGCGUACGGCAUUCAUGUAGACACAGGCCCUGAGUGGUAUCGCAUCCGCAGUGCUCUGAACCCUAAGAUGCUUAAACUGAAGGAAGUAAAAGCAUAUGCGCCAAUCAUUCAAGAGGUUGUGUCUGAUCUCCUACAGCGUGUGGAACUCCUGCGUCUGCGCAGUCCAGACCAGGUCACUGUCAAGGACCUCGCCUCUGAGCUCUACAAAUUUGGCUUUGAGGGAAUCUCAUCAAUCCUGUUUGAAACUCGCUUAGGCUGUUUACAGGAGGAAAUUCCGACAGACACCCUACAAUUCAUAUCUGCCGUUAGUGACAUGUUGGCACUGUCAGAGACGGUUCUUUUUUUCCCUCGCUGGACCCGUAACAUCUUCCCAUUCUGGAAACGGUUUGUCCAGGCAUGGGAUGACUUGUAUGACGUAGCCCGGCGUCUGGUUGAUAAGAAGGUGAAGGAGAUACAUGAUCAGAUUGAGCGUGGGGAGGAGGUGGAGGGCAUGUAUCUCACCUACUUGCUGUCCAGCAGUAAACUCAGUUUAGGAGAGAUGUACAUCAGCCUGACUGAACUUCUGUUGGGAGGUGUGGAUACGACAUCUAACACAUUAUCAUGGACCUUGUACCACCUUGCACGAGAUGCAGAAGUACAGAACCGCCUCUAUAAUGAGAUCGCAUCUGUGUGUCCGAAUAAAGAGCCUCCGAGUGCAGAACACCUGACAAGGAUGCCCUACAUGAAGGCUGUCAUCAAAGAAACGCUCAGGCUUUAUCCUGUUGUCUCUGGUAAUGGACGCCUGACUGUGGAUUCGGAAGUAAUUGUGGAUAAUUAUUGGUUCCCUAAAAAGACGCAGUUCCAUCUCUGUCACUACGCUGUUAGUCACGACGAGAGUAAUUUCCCUGAACCGGAGCGUUUUGUUCCAGAGCGCUGGUUGAGAGACAGCCCGUCUCGCUCUCAGCAUCACCCCUACAGUUCUAUCCCAUUUGGGGUUGGUGUUCGGGCCUGCGUGGGGAAGAGGGUCGCAGAGCUGGAGAUGUACUUUGCCCUAAGUAGACUGAUGCAACAUUAUGAGGUCAAAACAGUGGAGGGAGCCCCAUCGGUACAUCCCAAAACCAGAACCCUGCUCAUUCCCUCCAAACCUAUUGACCUGCAGUUUAUCCCUCGGGCUUGAUCCCAACCAGCUCCAAUCAAUCUGUUAACCAAAAUCAGUACUUUUAAUUCAAAUAAUUUUGCCUUAAAGGUGAAGUAUGAAGUAAGUUUUUAGCAUAAAAUUACCAUAAUAUGCUUGCAUAUAUAUAAGAAACAUGCUAAAUGAACAUACUUGUUUAUCUGAAAAACAAUGCUACAGUCUCUGUUUUGGUUUGUGAAUCCCGCCCACUGCCAGUUUACCCAAUUGUAUUUUGGCACCCUGGGUUGCCAUUUGGCAGAAAACAGCGCAUUUCAUUUCAUUGAUUGUCAAAUGCGCUCUUCCUGUUGGUGUCGUCAAUCUGGCAACCUGUGUGCGUCACGUCUGAGGAGUUGGGGCCCAGUGAAAAAAAAACUCUCCAAUAUUUCGAAUUUGGACUGCAAUACCUAGUUCAAACACUCAGUGUCAAUCCUACAUUACAGCACCUUUAAAGUUUAAAGUUUGCCUUAAAGGUUUUUUUUUAAAAUGCUGACAGUGGUAAUUAAGGUUAAAAGUUAAAAGUGAAAAAAAGAAGAAAUAAAAUCACAACUGAGCCUAAAUAUUAUAAGAGAUAUGUACAGCUGGGGUGUUCAAUUCACCUGCGUUAUUAAAGAAGCAUUUGCAAACAGUCAAACUAUCCAACAGAGAGACGUGUACAGAGUCUCUUACAAAAUCACUGUUGUUUUUAUUAACACUGUGAAGGGAAAGCAGGAAAGGGACAGAAGAAACAAAGACCUUCUGUUCAUGUGUUGGGUUCAGUGACUCUGCAGAUACUACAGAUACAUGACCUGCUAUUUGCUAUGCCCAUCAAGUUUCUUAUCAAGCAGAAAGAAUGUUUUUAAAAAUAAAAACUUUGUUGUUUUUAAUAUAUAUUUAAUUUUGAUGUUAUUGCAUUUGUUCAAACUUUAAUCAAAAGACUCUUCCCUUGACAUUUGUUCUGAGCCAGAGUGAAAGCAACGGAUUAACUAGAAAGUUUACCUAGAAACAGAAUGAACUAGAAAUUAUAGUUUAUAUCAAUAAACCUGUUGCCAAACCACUCA